AUGUCUGCGCCUACAGCUCUUCGUCAGGCUCAGCCUCAAGCUGAACCCCAGGCUCCUUCUUACGAUCAAGAUGACGAGAUUUUGAUCGAUGCCCAAGCCUCGACCGAGGGCGUGCCCGCCAACCCUGUCGAGGAGUCUACCGAGGGUGAAAUGCGCAUCGACGAAGAAGGUCGUCCCGUCUUCACACCAGCCAAGGACGUCGCCACCGCAUACCGAAUUGAAUCGCGAAAGGUCCCCGUCCCACCACACCGUAUGACCCCGCUCAAGGCCAACUGGGCCAAGAUCUGUCCCCCGAUUGUCGAACACCUCAAGUUGCAGGUUCGCAUGAACCUGAAGAGCCGAUCCGUGGAACUGCGUACCUCCAAAUUCACCAACGACGUGGGUGCCCUGCAGAAGGGUGCUGAUUUCGUCAAGGCCUUCACCCUGGGUUUCGAUCUCGACGACGCAAUUGCUCUGCUUCGUCUCGAUGACCUGUACAUUCAGACUUUCGAGGUGAAGGACGUGAAGACAUUGAACGGAGAGCACCUUGGUCGUGCCAUUGGACGUAUUGCUGGAAAGGAUGGAAAGACCAAAUUCGCCAUUGAAAAUGCCAGUCGUACCCGAGUGGUCCUGGCAGACCAGAAGAUUCACAUCUUGGGUGGAUUCAAGAACAUUCACAUUGCCCGUGAGGCCAUUGUCAGCUUGAUUUUGGGUAGCCCUCCAGGCAAGGUUUACGGCAACCUUCGUACCGUUGCUUCUCGCAUGAAGGAACGGUUCUGA